UCUUAAAUUAGCGGCUCAAUUUUCCCCACACAUGCUCAGUUUUCUGGGUACUUCCGUACCUCCUCAACUCCUCCUCCAUCAUCUUCAUUUUACAUCCUUCAAAAAGCAAAGACAUGAACAAACCAACACAAUCUCUUCUCCUUUAAUAAUUUAACCCAAAAAAAAAAAAAAACAAUCCCAAAACCAAAAAGUAAAUUAAAAAGAAAAAAAGGAAAAAGAAAAAAAAAAUGGCGACCACACUUUUCUAUCUCCUCCCACCUUCUCUCACUAUCACUGCCUCCGCCGACCGCUCUCAGUCGCCGUCGAUUAGCUGCUCUUCUUUCAUCAAUGGAGGUGUCGGAGGCGGUGGUGGUGGCAGCAGUAGCCUCAGUUUCCGGUCGAAUUGCAAUUUUAUCGCUCUUUCGUCUCCGGCUUAUCGGAAUAAUGCUCAAUUUAGUAAGAGGAAACGGAGGUUUAUAGUAAGAGCUGCUUCGUCAGAUUAUUAUGCGACUCUCGGAGUUUCUAGGUCUGCUUCUAUUAAGGAAAUUAAAGCGGCUUAUCGGAAAUUAGCUCGGCAGUAUCAUCCGGAUGUUAACAAGGCACCAGGAGCAACAGAUAAGUUCAAGGAGAUUAGUUCUGCUUAUGAGGUGUUAUCAGAUGACAAAAAGAGGGCUUUGUAUGAUCAGUAUGGUGAAGAUGGACUGAAAAGUGCAGUGGGAGGAGGAGCUGGUGCUUAUACGACCAAUCCGUUUGAUCUUUUUGAGACUUUCUUUGGAUCAAGUAUGGGUGGCUUCCCUGGAAUGGAUUCUGCAUUUGGAGCACGUCGUCAGGCCACCGUCACAAAAGGUGAAGAUAUACGCUACGACAUGACUUUAGGAUUUUCUGAGGCUAUAUUUGGGGUGGAGAAAGAGUUUGAGCUUUCACAUUUGGAAACAUGUGAGGCUUGUGCUGGCAGUGGAGCAAAAGCUGGCUCUAAGAUGAGAAUAUGCUCAACUUGUGGAGGGAGGGGUCAAGUGAUGCGAACUGAGCAGACACCUUUUGGUUUGUUCUCACAGGUCUCUGUAUGUCCAAAGUGUGGUGGCAAUGGUGAAGUUAUCGCUGAAUAUUGUCGCAAAUGUGCUGGUGAGGGACGAGUUCGCGUUAAAAAGGACAUCAAAAUCAAAGUUCCUCCUGGGGUCAGCAGUGGUAGUGUUCUUCGGGUUGCUGGGGAGGGUGAUGCUGCGCCAAAGGGAGGCCCUCCAGGAGAUCUUUUUGUUUACCUUGAUAUUGAAGAGAUACCAGAUAUUCAAAGAGAUGGUAUAAAUCUUCGUUCAACAAUUUCAAUCAGUUACGUAGAUGCCAUAUUGGGGACUGUUGUGAAGGUAAAGACGGUCGAAGGGACCAUUGAUUUGGAGGUUCCACCAGGUACUCAACCAGGAGACAUCCUCGUUCUUGCAAAGAAGGGUGUACCGAAACUGAACAAACCCUCCAUACGUGGCGAUCACUUAUUUACUGUAAAAGUUACUAUACCAAAGCGCAUUAGUGUUCGAGAACGUGAAUUGCUUGACGACCUUGCUGUGCUGAGUACCACAAAAAGUAGCCGUUCACGUCCUCGUCCGCAACCUCGACCAGCUGUUGAAGCGACGGAGACUCAGGCAAGUACAGAUACGGAGGAAAGCAAGGAAUCAGAAGAUCAGAAUGAUCCCUUGAAGAAAUUAAAAGAUUUUGCUGGGUCUGUGGCAAACGGUGCUCUAAAAUGGUUGAGGGAUAACUUAUAGUUGCGAUCUCAGCUUCGAUUUAGAAUUCUUCUGUUGUUGAGUAUGUAUUUUGAAAUGCAUUUGAAGAUAGCAGCUGAGAAAAUAAACCAGAAUUGGUUUGACCAGAGAAGGCUGCACUUGAGGCAAUUUUUUGAUUCUUUUGCCCAGUUUGUAAAUGGCUAGAUACCUAAUUGUGCCUUUUCUUUUUUUUACCAAACUGUAAAUCUGUAAUGCAAUGCGCAAAUGUAGAAUAAUUGUAGACCUUUUUAAACAGAUGACAUGAUUCAGGGAAGUACACAUUGGCUGAUAGAUUGGUGUGUGUACGCUUCUGUUGAAAGUCAAAAAAAAAAUUACAUGAAGAGACUAGUUUUUCCUAGAACCAUUAAAAGAAAGGCAUGUUCGGCAUCAUUGUCUAUUUUGAGAUUUCUGAAGUUGUAUUGUUAUACACAUAGUAAGUUGUAUAAUGAUCUUAAUAUUAGCUAUACAUAUUCUAGUCAUAUUAUUUUUGAAAAAUGAGACAAAAAAUUACUCCCUC